AUGACCAACAAAAUCCUUCGUGUUGGUGUGAUCGGAUGCGGCGAAAUCACCCAAGUUGCCCAUAUUCCAACUCUUGGAUUCCUUUCAGACUACUUCCAGAUCACCUACCUCUGUGAUGUCUCUGAAAAUGCCCUCCAGCACUGUAAAAACAAGGUCAUUGGAGGCCCACCCAAGACUACUUGCAAAGCCGAAGAGCUCUGUGCUAGUCCCGACGUGGACAUUGUGAUGAUUGCCAACAGCGAUGCUUUCCAUGUCCCCCAUGCCCUGUUGGGCCUGAAGAAUCACAAAAUUGUCUUCAUUGAAAAGCCCAUGGCUUUGUCGUUGAAAGAUGCUGAUGAGAUCAUUCAGAUUGAGAAGCAAUCAUCUGGAAGGGUCAUGGUCGGGUACAUGAGGCGUUACGCUGCUGGAUUCCUCGACGCAAUCAGGGAAAUUGGAAGCCUUGACCAGAUUCAAUAUGCUCGCGUGCGCGACGUUGUUGGUCCCAACUCCUCGUUUGUUGGCCAGUCGGGCACAUUUCCCAAGGUCUUCUCCGACUACAAAUCUGAAGACUCCAAGGAUUUAGCCUCUAGAACAGACCAGUUCCUUGAACAGGCCUUGACGAAGGAGCUUGGUAUUCCUGUUGGUCCUGAUACUGCCACUCAAUGGAGACAUCUGGGCAGUCUUGGCUCGCAUGAUCUUAGUGCUAUGAGAGAGGCUCUUGGCAUGCCGACGGGAGUCCUUGGUGCUUCUUUGUGCACCGCUCAGGGACCUCAAUUCUGGAGUGCUCUCUUCCAAUAUCCCUCUUUUGCUGUAUCAUAUGAGUCAGGUAUUGACGACGUGCCCCGUUUCGACGCAUCUAUCGAGGUCUUUGGUAAUCAGAAGACCGUGAAGGUGUGCUUCGAUUCUCCUUAUGUUAAAGGAUUGCCAACCACCAUGCACAUCCGUGAGAAGCUUGAAGAUGGAUCCUUCCGGGAAACUAUGACUAGAAAGACUUAUGAAGAUGCCUACACUUUAGAGAUGAAGGAGCUCUAUGAGUUUGCAGUCAACGGCAAGCCUGCUAAAACCACUUCCGAGGAUGCUAAGAAGGACUUGGAAGUGUUUGGCAUGAUCAUGAAGGCGGGAUUAGAAGGACAAGCUAGACUGGGCCUCAAAAAUUAG